GUCCAUGCUCUAUCAGGCUGCUAGGAAUUCUACACAAAGCCAGUUUUGACUGCAGAAGUAUGAUGUUUAGAGAGGCAAUAGCUGUGCAUACGUGCGAUAGUGAAGGCUUCUCUCAUCAAAUGCUAGAACUCUCAACCUUACUGCUUUUUCUAACCGUCAAAAUGGCCGCCUCAUCACUGAGUGGCGACAUAUCAAGUAGUGAAGCGUUUCUAGAACUCCUGCGAUCUGUUCUAGCAGUUUCUAAGGCGUUGCUGACGUCAUCAAAGCGCGUCCGCGAGCAUUCCGCUCUUUUACUUGUAAAGGAUGGUGGUGUGAUUUGGACACGUUGUUGGGGGUCUCUGUGGUUUACCGCUUCCUUCACGUUAUCGCAGUGGAAGACUACGCUAACCGACUACACCGUUGUAAAAAACAGUCGGCUGCCGCCCGGCUCCCAGAGUUCCCUGCGGUGACGUCGCAGUGACGCCGUGGUAUGAGGAAGCGCUCUUAGUGCGGCCUGAGUUGCGCCAGCACCACCCGAGAGGCGGCCAGGAUCCUCACACAUGUCUAGCAUCUGAGCAGUGCUCCCCUCAGACCGUUACCGCCUCUGACAUAACGCUGUGUGUGUACAGCGCCCCGCUCCUGACACCCCGGCCGCUCUCCGUUCUCGCACCUCAGUCCUAUAGACGUCAUGUCGGACCCCCCAACUUCUUCCAGCACCCCCUCCUCCAGCUCCUCGGACUCCCCCAGGAUUAUUAAAGUGACUGUGAAGACACCCAAGGAGAAGGAGGAGUUCGCUGUCCCGGAGAACUGUAGUGUCAGUCAGUUCAAGGAGGAUAUAUCAAAACGGUUCAAGUCCAACACAGACCAGCUUGUGCUUAUAUUCGCUGGAAAGAUUUUAAAAGACCAGGACACACUCGGUCAGCAUGGCAUACAUGACGGGCUCACUGUGCAUCUGGUCAUAAAGACACAAAACAGAUCCCAAACAGCAGCUGCCACUUCUCAGCCAAAUAGCCCGAGCAGUCCAUCAUCCACCUCUACAACAUCUAGCAGUACACCAACCACCACAUCUGCCACAACUACCCCUUUUGGCUUAGGAGGACUCGGGGGCUUGCCUGGACUUAGCAGUUUAGGAAUGAAUGCAUCAAACUUCUCUGAGCUGCAGAGUCAAAUGCAGAGGCAGCUUAUGUCCAAUCCUGAGAUGAUGGUUCAGAUCAUGGAAAAUCCCUUUGUUCAGAGCAUGUUAUCUAACCCUGACUUGAUGAGACAGUUGAUUAUGGCCAACCCACAAAUGCAGCAACUAAUCCAGAGAAAUCCUGAGAUCAGUCACAUGCUUAAUAAUCCAGACAUCAUGCGACAAACAUUAGAACUGGCAAGAAAUCCGGCAAUGAUGCAAGAGAUGAUGAGGAACCAAGACAGAGCCUUGAGCAACCUUGAGAGCAUUCCUGGAGGCUAUAAUGCCUUGCGCAGAAUGUAUACUGACAUCCAGGAGCCAAUGCUUAAUGCUGCUCAAGAACAGUUUGGAGGUAACCCAUUUGCAUCAUUGAUGAGCAAUGCUUCCGCCAAUGCAGGAAAUCAACCAUCACGAACAGAAAACAGAGAUCCUUUGCCUAAUCCUUGGGCACCGCAGUCUGGCUCUGCUGGGUCUCCAUCAACAGGCAGCAGUGCAGCUACCUCAACUGGAAACAGCACAGGGGGCAGCACCACUUCAACAAGUUCUAGCUUGCCAAACCUGUCAUCUGGACUAGGAGCUGGGAUGUUCAAUACACCUGGAAUGCAGAGCUUGAUGCAGCAGAUAUCUGAGAAUCCUCAGCUUAUGCAGAACAUGUUGUCUGCUCCCUACAUGAGGAGCAUGAUGCAGUCACUUAGUCAGAAUCCAGAACUUGCAGCCCAGAUGAUGCAAAAUAAUCCACUCUUUGCUGGGAAUCCUCAACUCCAGGACCAGAUGCGACAACAGCUACCCAUUUUUCUACAGCAGAUGCAAAAUCCAGAUACAUUGUCAGCCAUGUCAAACCCCAGAGCAAUGCAGGCCUUAUUGCAGAUCCAGCAGGGAUUGCAGACUCUGGCUAGAGAAGCUCCUUCACUUGUCCCAGGGAGUACUGGUUUUGGUGGUAUUGGGGGUACUGCCAACCCAAAUCCUGCACCUGUGUCCACAUCUGGGUCAACUGAGAACACAAGUCCAUUGUCUGGAAUAUCUGAACCCGGUCACCAGCAGUUUGUACAGCAAAUGCUUCAGGCUCUUUCUGGCACAAAUACUCAGCUUCAGAAUCCAGAAGUAAGAUUCCAACAGCAGCUGGACCAGCUCAGUGCAAUGGGAUUCCUAAACAGAGAAGCAAAUUUACAAGCUUUAAUAGCAACUGGAGGAGACAUAAAUGCAGCUAUUGAACGACUACUGGGAUCCCAACCAUCAUAGCGACCCUUCCCAACACAGAAGAAAGUGUAAUUUAUUUUUGAUAAUGGCUUUUAAGUCCCGAUAAAACACCUGCUUUAUUUCAGUUUGACUCCUGGAAUUCAUUGCCCUUACAAACUAAUGAAUCAUUUAGUUGGGAUGAAGUGCAGUAGUUAUCUGAACCGUGGGAAUCCAAGCUUGUUCAUUUGAACGUGUUGCAUGUAUCACAGGCCACCUCUUUCAUAUGUUUCGUUGUUUGAUUUUAUUUUUUUAAUUUUCCACCCUUUUUUCUUUUUUGUUUUUCACUUUUGAUGCAGUUGGUAAACAGGUUUCAACGAACUAUAGAUUUCUUGGAAAGGUAUUUGCUUUAAAUUCAUAACCUUUGGUAAUAAUUUAUAUAGAAUACAAGGAAACUAUAUGGAAACAGAAUCGAUUAAGGUUAUAAUAAGUGAUCCAAUAUCGCUUUUUGUUACUUCAGCAUGUAUUUUUGCUAGCAUAAUGCUGUGCGAUUCAUACUGCUUGGUUUUCAUUCAGCAUUAUACUUUUUUUUUUCUCUUUCUUUUCCCUCUGCCUCCUUUCUGUAAACGUUUAUCAUUUUUCUGCAAUACGUUUAAAGUAGUCCUGACUGCACACCCACUCAAAAAUAAGGUAAUCCAUUGUAUUUAGGAAAUUGUGAAGUAGCAAACCUUUAAAAAAGCCUGUCAAGAUGAAAGAGACUCUGUAGCGGCUAUAUUGCUAUGGACACAGAGUGUAGGUUUUAGUAAAAACAUUGUAGGGGAGAAUGCAUAGGUCUUCAUUGAUAGCCAGGCCUUUUGUGGUGGCUUUCUUUCUUUAAUAUCAAGACAAGACAAACUUAACCUGCAGUCCUAACGGUCCCUGCUUCUAACACCAGUUUGUAUGGACACAGGCAGUUAGCACCACAGUUCACUUCUGUUUCAUGUGACUUGAUUUCAGGAUGUGAGAAAGUGUCAUGUGCUCUAAUCAUUUUUAACCACAUUGUACAAACAGAUUAUCCUGCGUUUUUAUCAGUAGUUCUCUCUCCUGUGCACAGGUAAUAAAUAAAUGCCAACA